AUGGACAAAUCAUGGAUUGCAAUGCCGCGUAAUUUGCCUGCAUAUGACAAAGGCGUUAAGAAUUUCAUUGAAUUUGCUUUCCAGCACGGUUCAGUUAAUAAUAUGAUAUUAUGUCCAUGUCCUAUCUGCGGAUUUAGUAAACGCCAAAAUCGUGCCAAUGUAUACGAUCAUUUAAUUUGCAAGCAAUUUCCUAAGGGGUAUACAAUUUGGUAUCUUCACGGAGAAUCACAUCCACAAGAAACAACUUAUGUUUCAAACAGUGCAGGAGUAGAUAUACAAAUGAAUAUCGUUGAUCAAGAUCCGAUUAGAGAUAUGGUGAACGAUGCUUUUGGAGUACAUGGACAUGUGGAAGAAGGCCUUGAUGGAUUAAAUGAAGAGGUUAGACAAAAUGAUUAUGUAACACCGAAUGCAAAUGAGCAUAGGAAUAUAGUUGAUGGGUUUUAUGAAUUAUCAAAUGAUGGUCAACAACUUCUUUAUGAUUGGUGUGGAAACUAUUCAAAACUAUCGUUUAUAUUGAAAUUGUAUCACAUCAAAUGUCUUUGUGGAUUGAGUGACAAAGCAAUGAUGAUGAUAUUAAAGUUGUUACAUGACGCAUUUCCCAACAUAAGAAUUCCACAUUCUUUCUUUGAUGCAAAGAAAACCAUUAAAAAGCUUGGAUUGUGCUAUGAGAAAAUACAUGCAUGUCCAAAUAAUUGUAUGCUUUAUGGGGGAAAUACAGAAGAUGAAGACAGACAGAUUUGUAGAGUUUGUAACACUUCCAGAUGGAAAGGUAAAAAUGGUCAUUCUAAUGAGGUAGCUGGUGGUAAGAGAGGAAGAAAGAUUCCUGCAAAAGUGGUUAGAUAUUUUCCAUUGAUACCACGAUUGCAACGGUUGUUUUUGUCUUCAAAAACGGCUAAAGAUAUGGAAUGGCACAGCUUAGAUGCAAAUAAUGAUGGGUUGAUGAGACAUCCAAGAGACUCUGAAGCAUGGAAAAAAUUUGAUUCGACAUACAGUUGGUUUGCAACAGACCCCCGAAAUGUGCGCCUUGCAUUAGCUACAUAUGGAUUUAAUCCUCACGGCAGUAUGAGUCAAAGUUAUAGCAUUUGGCCAAUUAUUCUCAUCCCAUACAACAUGCCACCAUGGGUUUGCAUGAAGCAUACAUCUUUUAUCAUUUCAACAAUAAUUCCAAGUAAACAUAUGCCUGGAAAUGAUAUAGAUGUAUACUUGCAACCUUUGAUAAGGGAGUUGAAAGAAUUAUGGUGUGAUGGCGUUGAUACAUAUGAUUCUUUCAAACAUGAAAUGUUUAAGAUGCAUGCAGCUCUGAUGUGGACAAUUAGUGACUAUCCUGGCCUAGAAAAUCUAUCUGGAUGGAAUACAUAUACAGGGCGUGCCUGUGUCCACUGCAACUAUGAUUUUGAACCUUGUCGUUUACCUCACAGUAGGAAAUGGUGUUUCAUGGGUCAUCGUCGUUUUCUUAAUAGUGGUCAUAAAUUCAGAAUGAACAAUAUCAUAUUUAAUGGAGAGCAAGAGCUACGCAGUCCUCCGCGGUUACUAUCAGGCAGAGAAAUAUUGCAACAGAUUAUUGAUAUUAAUGUCAUAUUCGGUCGGCCUGUGGAUAAUCAACACAAGGGGAAAAGAAGACGUGCAAAUACUUCUCGAGAUGAAGCACAACAACGGAAGAAGAAAAGCAUAUUUUUUGAGCUUCCGUAUUGGGAACAUAAUUUAUUGCGUCAUAAUCUAGAUGUGAUGCAUAUAGAGAAGAAUCUAUGUGAUAAUGUACUAUUCACAUUGUUAAAUGAUAGUUCUCAUUCAAAAGAUCAUCUUAAUGCUCGCAAGGAUUUGAAAGAUAUGCAUUGUAAACAAGAUCUAUGGUCAGAUGAUAAUGGAAAGUUUGCUCCAGUAUCUACACAAUGA